AUGGACGGUACUGCGUCUGGAGGUGCUGAGCCUGUGCGUGCUGAGUCUGGAGGUGCUCUAGGUGUCCCGUUGCGGCGGGAGCCCCUCUCUCCGCAGCAGCUUCGUGAGUGGUACUCUCGGCGCUGUCGAUGUGCUGCUGGUGCUGGUGCUGCUGGAGCUGCUGGAGCUGCUGGAGGUGCUACUGGUGCUGGAGGUGCUGGUGGUGCUGGUGCUGCUGGAGCUGCUGGAGGUGCUACUGGUGCUGGAGGUGCUGCUGGUGCUGCUCGAGCUGCUGGAGGUGCUGCUGGUGCUGGAGGUGCUGCUGGUGCUGGAGCUGCUGGAGCUGCUGGAGGUGCUGCUGGUGCUGGAGCUGCUGGAGCUACUGGAGGUGCUACUGGUGCUGGAGUUGUUGCUGGUGCUGCUGGAGCUGCUGGAGGUGCUCCUGGUGCUGGAGGUGCUGCUGGUGCUGGAGCUGCUAGAGCUGCUGGAGGUGCUGCUGGUGCUGGAGCUGCUGGAGCUGCUGGAGGUGCUACUGGAGCUGCUGGAGGUGCUGCUGGUGCUGGAGGUGCUGCUGGUGCUGGAGCUGCUGGAGCUGCUGAAGGUGCUGCUGGGACUGGAGGUGCUGCUGGGACUAGAGACCCUGGGGCUGAGGGUACCGGUUCUGUCUCUGCUGUUUCUGGAGGUGCUGCGCAGCCGCAGGCGUACUACGUUCCACUCCUUCAGCAGGUUCUUGGUUCCCCGCCUUCUCCUGGUCCUGCUCCUCCUUUCCUGAGUCCACCGCCUGUCCAGUCCCAGUCGCAGUUACAGCCGCCCUCUCCACUGCCUGGUCCUUCUCCUUACUCUGGACCGACUAGAGGUCUUACGGAGCGUAGUGAGCCUGAGUCGCGUCCUGUGUCGCCUGAGUCUCGUUCUGCGUCGAUUGUCCAUACUGUUCACGCUGGUCGUGUGUCACGUCCGCGUCCUCCUCCUGUCCCUGGCACUCACUCUAUGACUCUGUGUCCUUCCACUGCUCCACAGCGUGUCCCUCCGCCGUCUCCUCCUCGUCCAGCUGUCCCGCGCUUUCUGGCCUCUGCUGUCACUGACCCUUUGUUUGAGUCCACUGCUGCGUCUGCUCUUGUUGCUGAGCUUGUAGACUUUGCUGCGGCCUGUCGCCUAGACUACGCCACUAGUCUUGUUGAUGAGUCUGCGUCUGCGUCUGUCUGUCCUCCGUCCGUCGGGGGGAGACCCGGAGCACCAGACAUCCCGACCCCGCGCUCUUACACAGAGGCGAUAGAGGGUCCCUACUCCUCUCAGUGGCAGGCAGCCAUGGACGCCGAGAUGGCUUCCUGGAAGUCCACAGGCACCUACGUAGACGAGGUUCCCCCUCUUGGGGCGAACAUCGUCAGUGGCAUGUGGAUCUUAAGGGUGAAGCGGCCGCCGGGUUCUCCGCCUGCCUUCAAGGCGCGUUACGUUGCACGUGGCUUCAGUCAGCGACAGGGAGUUGACUUCUUUCAGACCUUCUCUCCUACCCCGAAGAUGACCACUCUUCGGGUACUAUUGCACGUUGGUGCUCAGCGUGACUACGAGCUCCACUCGCUUGACUUCAGCACAGCCUUCCUACAGGGCAGCCUGCACGAAGAGAUCUGGCUGCGCCGCCCACCUGGCUUCACUGGGUCGUUUCCUGCUGGUACCCAGUGGAGCCUCCGGCGGCCAGUCUACGGUCUCCGCCAGGCACCCCGUGAGUGGCACGACACACUCAGGACUACUCUUGCUGCUCUUGGUUUUGCUCCUUCCACUGCUGACCCGUAG